UCCGGGGAAAAUAAAAGAAACUCUCUUGAGGUCUCCCAACGGUCUUAUAGGUUUCAUUUCACGGAAGCCCACCAAAGCCGCACCUGCAAAAUCAUGGCAGUACAACAAACUACCAUUGUGACAACCCAGCAUCAUGUGUCCUCUGGAACCUGGACCACGGGGAUCUGUGACUGCUGUUCCGAUAUGAGCACCUGUUGCUGUGGCCUGUUUUGUUUCCCUUGCAUGCAGUGUCAGACUGUGUCUCAAUUUGGAUGGUGUUUCUGCAUGCCGUUGUUAGACUGCUGCAUGAUAGUGUCAUGCUGUUUCCGCCAGAAGACAAGAGAGCGAUAUAAUAUCAAUGUGAGCUCUUGUCACCGUUGCCAACUGAAUGACCCCCUUAAGACUGCUGUGCCAGUCUUGCAUUCCAUUAAGGUGAAAGAAGCUUGGGAGGUCCUUGGUUUGGAUUUAAUUGGACCUCUGCCAGAAACAGCACGUACCAACAAGUAUGUCCUUACCAUGACCGACCUGUACACCAAGUGGGUGAUUGCAGAACCAAUGCAGUCUAAGACAGCAGCUGAGGUGUCUGCAAUAAUAACCACAAAAUUGUACUCGUUCGGCAUUGUUAGGAAGAUUAUUACUGACCAAGGGAAGGAGUUUGUUAACAAGCUCAACGACAGCAUUUUCAGUGCACUGAAAAUCAAACACGCCGUCUCCAGUGCUUACCAUCCCCAGACCAAUGGGCAGGAUGAAAGAACCAAUCAGAAUAUCAAGCGGACCCUCAGGAAGUAUGUGAAUGACAACCACAAUGACUGGGACCUCCACCUUCCUGCUGUGGUGUAUGGGAUCAACACUGCCAAUCAGGUUCUUAGCAACAUAGAGAAAGCACAGAGCAGGCAACAAAAGUCAUUCCAAAAUAGUAAGAGCAAGUAUGUGCGAGAAUGUUCAAUUGAGGCUGGCGAUGAUGUUCUGCUCUCUGGGGACCCCAAGAAAAUGAGGACAGGAGACACAUUGACAAGUCAGCACCAGGGACCAUAUUCUGUGGCCAACAUCUCUUCCAAAGGUGUGGCCACCAUUGUAAAAGGGUCAGUCUGCAAGAGGGUCAGUGUGUCAAGACUAAGGACAUACUACAGAUUGAAAAAUGGACCAAAUGAGAUGCGGUUUCUCCAGGACCAUGGUUACUCAACAUUUAAAUGGCAGAUAGAUCAUCCAUAUGCUUGUUCAGGAGCAAAGUGGGAGAAGAUCUUGAGCCCUAUUCAAGAUGAACUGUUAAAGUAUGUGUUGGAUGAAAAUCGUCCACCAGGAGAACUGAUUGUAAAGCAGGGCAAAAUUUGCCUUACACGAGAAGACUUCUGGAGCCUGGGUUUAAGCCAGUUUAUGGAAUCUAAUAUUGGAAAUGCUUGCCUUAAAAUUAUGGAAGAAGCUGCACGAAGACAUGGAAAAAGUGUUCACAUUAUGGACCUUUAUGUUGUUCCAACCUGGAAGAACAAAAAUGUGUACCCAGUGCAUGUUUUGCCUGAAAAUGUGGGGUCCACGGAUGCCGUAGUAUUUCCAGCUCGGAGCAGGCAGCCAGAUGAAGCUGAUCAUUAUCUGCUCUGUGUUAAGUUUCUUUUCUCUAAUAUUUUUAGCCGUAAUAUUUAAAUUCAACAGAUAGGGUUAGUGAGUUCUAUUUUCAUUGAUAUUAACAAAAUACCCAUUGCAGGUUAUGUUGGUAGCUAAGAGGGAGAUACUUUUUCUUGAUUCUCUUUGCCCUGAUGGUUUUGGAGAUAAGACUUACAGAACCAUAUUUAGGUUGAGACCUAAGAUAAUUUACUGGCCUUUUUCCAGGCAUGUUAUUUGGUUACAGUUUCCAAAAGGAGCCUCGUUCUCAGGCUUCAAGUUUGUAUAGAGCCUCGUUCACAGGCUUCAAGUUCAUCAAAGAGUAGUUCUCAGGCUGCACACCUGAUAAUUUAAUUGCACGUUAUGUAAUUUUGUGUUCUCUAUGGAAUCCCAGACACAUUACAAGCUUCAUUGACCCAGGAUCCUGGACUGAAAAAACAGGAAGAGACCUUGAGUUUUUUCCUCAACAGUCCAGUGGGGAUUCUUGUGGUGUCUACAUGCUGAUGUAUGCUCUCAGCAUCUGCACAUCAUGUCCCUUAACAUUCACAGAGGAGGAGGUGCCAUUGAUUUGCCAGUGGUGGUAAAUUAACCUCAUGGAAAGAUUUUGCCUAGAAGGGCAUGGACAGAGGUUUGCAUACUGGACCGAAGAAGCAUCCCAACUCCUUCAGGGGAUCGUUGAGCCUGUGUUUAGGGUGUCGAAAUUCACCACCACCAAACUGUCACCCAGCAGAAGAGUUGUGGAUGACAAGGACAUUGAUAAGGUGCAGCAGCCAACCAUUGUCCGAGACCUAAAUACAGCGUGGUACUGGGUACAGAAUCACAGACACUUAUUCCGUGGGGAGGUGACAGAGCCUGCCUUUUUGCAGAUAAACAGGGGUGAUCAACAAAAUGCCAUCAAGAACCUCUUGGGGGGUCAAUUCUCUGAGGCGAAGGAUGCCUUUUUGUUUAUAUUUCAUUACCAAGAAGACAUGUUCUACAAAGAGAAAUGUAGUGUGUGAGUGUGUGUGCGCGCGUGUGUGAGUGAGUGUGUGUGCGUGCGUGCGAGAGAGCGUGAGAGAGAGUGCGUGUGCGUGCGAGAGUGUGCGUGAGUGUGUGAGUGAGCAAGCGAGCGAGCGUGUGUGAGUGAGUGAGUGAGUGAGUGAGUGAGGAAUGGAACAAAUGUAUAAAUAAAUUGAAAGAAUA